CGGCUGCCCGGCGAGGUUCCGGCUUCCCCGGGGCUGGCAGGGGGAGCCCCGAGAACUGCAGGCCUGCCCCCCCUUCCUCCUCCUCCUUCCCCUCCUCCCCCACGUGUCCUCCCGGAGCCCAGCGGCCUGAUCCCAGCACCCCCCUCCACCUCCCUCCUCCUCCCGCUUCGCCCGCUUCCCCGGCAGCGUGGAGAAGAGCAAAGUUGCGACAGCGGCCGAGGGGCUCUGCCCAGGGUCGGCGUGGCCAAGGACGGCUAGUCUCGGAGGGAAAGUAGCCACCAGUCCAACUCGGGUCGCUCCCACUAUUACUUCGGGGGAGUGGCCACAGCAGGUCCUAGCUGGUGGUGAGUGGCUGUCAUGAUCUCUACAGCACCGCUCUACAGCGGCGUGCACAACUGGACCAGUUCUGACCGGAUUCGCAUGUGUGGCAUCAACGAGGAGAGAAGAGCACCUCUUUCUGAUGAGGAGUCCACGACAGGUGACUGCCAGCACUUUGGAUCUCAGGAGUUUUGUGUCAGCAGUUUUUCCAAGGUGGAGCUCACGGCAGUUGGAAGUGGCAGUAAUGCCCGGGGGGCAGACCCAGAUGGCAGUGCAACAGAAAAACUUGGGCACAAGUCAGAAGACAGGCCUGACGACGCCCAGCCGAAAAUGGACUAUGCUGGGAAUGUGGCAGAGGCAGGGGGCCCCUUGGUGCCACUGAGCAGCCCGGGAGACGGGCUCAAGCUUCCCACUUCUGACGGCCCAGAGGCCAGCAACGGCACGGCAGACUGCUCCUGGACUCCCCUCAGCACCCAAAUGAGCAAACAGGUGGACUGCUCGCCAGCUGGGGCGAAGGCUUUGGACUCUCGGCAGGGUGUCGGGGAGAAGAAUACUUUCAUUUUGGCAACUCUAGGAACUGGCGUCCCCGUGGAGGGCACCCUGCCUCUGGUUACCACUAACUUCAGUCCGCUGCCAGCCCCCAUCUGCCCCCCGGCUCCCAGUUCAGCCUCUGUCCCCCCAUCUGUUCCAGAUCCAUUCCAGGUCCCCCUCUCUGUCCCCGCCCCGGUGCCCCAUUCUGGGCUCGUUCCCGUCCAGGUUGCCACUUCGGUUCCGGCCCCUUCCCCUCCCUUAGCACCAGUCCCGGCUCUGGCUCCGGCGCCACCGUCAGUGCCCACACUCAUCUCCGAUUCGAACUCUCUUUCGGUUUCGGCCUCAGUCUUGGUGCCCGUGCCAGCUUCUGCUCCCCCGUCGGGCCCCGUCCCCCUGUCGGCUCCAGCCCCUACCCCCAUCUCAGUCCCAGUUUCAGCUCCUCCCUUGGCUCUGAUCCAGGCUCCUGUGCCCCCUUCGGCUCCGACCCUGGUCCUCGCACCUGUCCCCACUCCAGUUCUGGCUCCGAUGCCGUCGUCCACGCCUCCGGCAGCUCCCGCCCCUCCAUCGGUGCCGAUGCCCACCCCGACCCCGUCCUCUGGCCCGCCUUCUACCCCCACCCUCAUCCCUGCCUUUGCUCCCACGCCGGUGCCUGCACCCACCCCAGCCCCAAUCUUCACUCCAGCCCCCACGCCCAUGCCGGCUGCCACGCCCACUGCCAUUCCCACCUCUGCACCCAUCCCGGCGUCCUUUAGUUUGAGUCGAGUGUGUUUUCCUGCAGCUCAGGCACCAGCUAUGCAAAAAGUACCCCUGUCCUUUCAGCCAGGGACAGUGCUGACCCCGAGCCAGCCGCUGGUCUAUAUCCCGCCUCCAAGUUGUGGGCAGCCACUCAGCGUGGCCACACUGCCAACCACCCUGGGAGUCUCCUCCACCCUUACACUCCCUGUCCUGCCAUCCUACCUGCAGGACAGGUGUCUCCCUGGGGUGCUGGCCUCCCCAGAGCUGCGGUCUUACCCAUAUGCAUUUUCUGUGGCCCGGCCUCUGACUUCGGAGUCCAAGCUGGUCUCUCUGGAGGUGAACAGGCUCCCCUGCGCUUCCCCAUCCAGCAGCACCAGCACCCAGCCUGCACCCGAUGGGGUCCCCGGGCCUUUGGCAGAUACUUCCCUCUCCACUGCUUCUGCCAAGGUGCUUCCACCACCACAGCCUCUGCUGCCAGCCCCCAGCGUGAGCUCAGCCCCACCGCAUCCUGCCAAGAUGCCAGGUGGCAACGAGCAACAAACAGAAGGGACUUCCGUCACUUUCUCUCCCCUCAAGUCACCUCCACAGCUGGAGCGAGAGAUGGCCUCUCCGCCUGAGUGCAGCGAGAUGCCCCUGGACCUCUCCUCCAAGUCCAACCGGCAGAAGCUCCCGUUGCCGAACCAGCGCAAGACGCCUCCCAUGCCCGUGUUGACCCCCGUGCACACCAGCAGCAAGGCCCUCCUCUCCACGGUCCUGUCUAGGUCCCAGCGCACGACCCAGGCUGCCGGCAGCAAUGUCACCUCAUGCCUGGGCUCCACUUCCUCGCCCUUCGUCAUCUUUCCUGAGAUCGUGAGGAACGGGGACCCAAGCACCUGGGUGAAGAACUCCACUGCGCUGAUCAGCACCAUUCCCGGCACCUACGUGGGAGUGGCCAACCCAGUGCCUGCAUCCCUCCUGCUGAACAAAGACCCCAACCUGGGCCUCAACCGAGACCCCCGUCAUCUCCCCAAGCAGGAGCCCAUCUCCAUCAUCGAUCAAGGAGAGCCCAAGAGCACUGGUGCCCCCUGUGGCAAGAAGGGCAGCCAGGCUGGGACUGAGGGACAGCCAAGCACAGUGAAGCGUUACACCCCAGCCCGCAUCGCCCCUGGGCUGCCGGGCUGCCAAACCAAGGAGCUCUCCCUCUGGAAGCCCACAGGGCCAGCAAAUAUUUACCCACGGUGUUCAGUCAACGGGAAACCCACCAGCACCCAGGUCCUGCCUGUUGGCUGGUCACCAUACCACCAGGCGUCUCUGCUUUCUAUCGGCAUUUCCAGUGCCGGGCAGCUGACCCCCAGCCAGGGGGUGCCCAUCAGGCCCACCAGCGUCGUUUCUGAGUUUUCUGGUGUGCCAUCCCUUGGCCCUAGUGAGGCUGUGCAUGGACUUCCCGAGGGGCAGCCACGGCCCGGGGGCCCCUUUGCUCCAGAGCAGGACACGGGCACCAAGAACAAAACUUGCCGGAUUGCUGCCAAGCCUUACGAGGAACAAGUGAACCCUGUCCUCCUGACGCUCAGCCCUCAGACAGGGACCCUGGCACUGUCUGUGCAGCCUAGCAGUGGGGACCUGAGAGUGAAUCAGGGGCCUGGGGAAUCAGAGAGCCACCUCUGCCCCGACAGCACUCCUAAGCUGGAAGGCCCCCAGGGGGCUUGCGGCCUGAAGCUGGCAGGAGACACGAAGCCUAAGAACCAAGUGCUGGCCACCUAUAUGUCCCAUGAGCUGGUCCUGGCCACCCCCCAGAACCUGCACAAGAUGCCCGAGCUGCCUUUGCUACCUCAUGACAGCCGCCCCAAGGAAAUCAUCUUGGACGUGGUCCCAAGCGGCAAGAGGGCCUCCAGCACAGACCUUGCACAGCUCGGAAGCCAGGUGGACCUGGGGCGGGUGAAAAUGGAGAAGGUGGAUGGUGAUGUGGUCUUCAAUUUAGCCACCUGCUUCCGGGCCGAUGGCCUCCCAGCAGCUACCCAGAGGGGCCAAGCUGAAGUGCGGAGUAAGGCUGGGCAGGCUCGAGUGAAACAGGAAAGUGUAGGUGUCUUUCCUUGCAAGAACAAGUGGCAGCCAGACUCGGUGGUGACCGAUGGGGUGACCGAACCUCUGCCGCCCAAGAAAAUGAAGUGCGGCAAAGAGAAGGAUGGAGAGGAGCAGCAGCCGCAAGCCAAGGUUGUGGUCCGCAGUUCCCUUGGACCCAAGUGCCGGAAGCCACCUAGUGACCCCCAGGAACCCACCAAGAAAAGCCCCAGGGGGGCUUCAGAUUCAGGAAAAGAGCACAAUGGAGUCAGGGUAAAGCACAAGCACCGGAAGCCAACAAAGCCGGAGUCCCAGUCUCCAGGAAAACGAGCCGAUGGCCACGAGGAAGGUUCCUUGGAGAAGAAGGCAAAGAGCAGUUUCCGCGACUUCAUCCCCGUGGUCCUGAGCACCCGGACGCGCAGUCAGUCUGGAAGCAUCUGUAGCUCCUUUGCUGGCAUGGCAGACAGUGACAUGGGAAGCCAGGAAGUCUUCCCCACCGAGGAGGAAGAGGAGGUGACCCCCACCCCGGCCAAGCGUCGAAAGGUGAGAAAGACCCAACGGGACACCCAGUACCGCAGCCACCAUGCCCAGGACAAGACCCUGCUGAGCCAGGGCCGCAGGCACCUGUGGCGAGCCCGAGAGAUGCCCUGGAGGACAGAGGCUGCCCGGCAGAUGUGGGACACCAACGAGGAGGAGGAGGAAGACGAGGAGGAGGGCCUGGUGAAGAGGAAGAAACGGAGACGGCAGAAGAGCCGAAAAUACCAGACUGGGGAGUACCUGACUGAACAAGAAGAAGAGCAGCGGCGGAAAGGGAGAGCAGAUUUAAAGGCCCGUAAGCAGAAGACUUCCUCCCAAAGUUCGGAGCACCGCCUCAGGAACAGGAACCUUCUCUUGCCCAACAAAGCCCAGGGGAUUUCGGAUUCACCAAAUGGUUUCCUCCCAAAUAACCUAGAGGAGCCAGCCUGCCUUGAAAAUUCAGAAAAGCCAUCAGGAAAACGAAAGUGCAAGACCAAGCACAUGACGACGGUCUCAGAAGAGGCAAAGGGCAAAGGGCGUUGGAGCCAGCAGAAGACACGAUCUCCCAAAUCUCCCACCCUAGCGAAACCCACAGAGCCAUGCACGCCCUCCAAGUCCCGAAGUGCUGGCCCAGAGGAGGCCUCCGAGUCACCCGCAGCCCGGCAGAUCCCCCCAGAGGCUCGUCGGCUCAUAGUGAACAAAAAUGCUGGCGAGACCCUCCUGCAGCGGGCGGCCCGUCUUGGCUAUAAGGACGUUGUUCUCUACUGCCUCCAGAAAGACAGUGAAGAUGUGAAUCACCGUGACAACGCUGGCUACACGGCCCUGCACGAGGCCUGCUCCCGGGGCUGGACUGACAUCCUGAACAUCCUGCUGGAGCACGGUGCCAACGUAAACUGCAGCGCGCAGGACGGCACGAGGCCAGUUCAUGAUGCGGUGGUCAACGACAACCUGGAAACCAUCUGGCUCUUGCUGUCCUACGGGGCUGACCCCACGCUGGCCACCUACUCGGGACAGACGGCCAUGAAGCUGGCCAGUAGCGACACCAUGAAGCGCUUUCUGAGUGAUCACCUCUCGGAUCUUCAGGGCCGGGCAGAGGGUGAUCCUGGCGUUUCCUGGGACUUUUACAGCAGUUCUGUGUUGGAGGAAAAAGAUGGGUUUGCCUGUGACCUCCUCCAUAAUCCUCCUGGGAGCUCCGAUCAAGAAGGAGAUGAUGUGGAUGGGGAUGAUUUUAUGUUUGAGCUCUCAGACAAGCCUCUUCUCCCUUGCUACAACCUCCAGGUGUCAGUGUCCCGCGGGCCCUGCAACUGGUUUCUCUUUACCGACGUCCUGAAGAGGCUGAAGCUUUCCUCGAGGAUCUUUCAGGCUCGGUUCCCGCACUUUGAAAUCGCCACCUUGCCCAAGGCCGAGUUCUACCGGCAGGUGGCCUCCAGUCAGCUGCUGACCCCCGCCGAGUGGCCUGGAGGCAUGGACGCCACCUCCGCCCCAGGCUCCUCUGAGACUGUGGAGCUGGUGCGGUACGAGGCGGAGCUGCUUCGGCUCCUAGGGUCCGAGGUGGAGUUCCAGCCUUGGAACAGUUGACCGGGAAAACAGCCCCUCCCUUUUCUUCUUUCUCCUCCCAAGUUCACCCUUCCCCCACCUCCCAUGUCUUUCCCCCACCGAGCACCAGACUGCAGAAAGAGGCAAUAAUACGGACCAACAAGAAGCCGCCUUAUCAAUGCCAGCAUUAGUGACUGGAUUGUUUUUUUGUUUUUUUUAAUUUGGUUACAGUUAGUUCUCAUCUCCCUGUCAUCGUCAUUGUUGUCGUGGUUGGUGACGGGGGUGGAAAGUUGAACUCCACGUCUGAGGACAAGAGGUCCCAGGGGUGGUGGGAGGUGGCGCCAGGGUCCCUUGGACUGGCCUCCUUGUGUGUGACCAAGACCAAACCUGGGCCCUGGGUGGCCACGGCCUGUCCGGAGGAGAAAAGAGAAAAGCCCAAAUCUCUGAGCGCCCCCUCUGUUCCCCUGUGUUCUUUUGUCUUCCAUAGUAUUUAUUUUAUUAGUAUUUAAUUUGUAUUGUUUCAUUGGUUUCUGAUAAGUCUGUAUCACUGUGACGAUUUGAGACAACUUGUUGUAUUGAGGGACUUUCUUCACCUCCUUUCUUUGUCUUUCUCGAUUAAGCUCUGAAGCUGUUCCCUCCCUCCGAAAAAGUUACUCCCAGGGUUUUUUCCACCACUGGGGAGGGGGCGGGGAGGGGUGGGGGGGCCACUGGCCUGUGACUAAUGAUGGUGGCUGGUGCUGGCCCAGGUCUGGGGGGUGGGGGGUGAAUCCUGAGUCUUUGGUGCUCACCCCUCCCCCAGUUUUUCCCGUUUCACCCUCCUGCCCUUUGCAGCAGCCCUGCUGUCUCGAGAUUAGUGUUUACUGGGGAGGGGAGGAUUAUGGGAGUAAGGGGUUAAUGAGUGACUCUUAUGGAGGAGAGUUGAGAAUGGGUCUGAAGGAUAAGGUAGCCCCCUCCUUGCUGUCCUCACUGCCCUCCUCAGAGUGCACAGUAUGGGUUUGUUCCUGCAGCUUUCCCCUCUGCGCCCCCGGCCUCCCUGGAUACUGAGCCUCUCGGCUCCCCACCCUUGUCCCCAUCUCUCCCCCUUGCCUGACUCAGAGCACCACU